AAUCACAGCCACGCGUGGGUUGCACAUCCAUGACGCCUUUGUGAUCAGCAACUUACACGGACUUUUGAGGUUCUCCUUCCCCGCAUGAUCAUCCUGUUAACGCCUUGUCGCAGCUACACCGCCAAUACGUCAGUCAAUCUGAAGUAGAAGAUGCUAUUCGACUAGCCAUCCAUGCCCAACUGGAGAACACUCCAUUUCGUCUAAUCAACACCUCUACUGGAGGUUUGUGCAAUCAAAAUGCGCAGAUCAACGCAUUUACGGAGAGUAAAGAGUAUAAAGAGCUUUUACAUUCAUCAGUGAUACACGUGCCCCUCCAAACGCAGUCCAUCAAAGAAGCGGCCGCGCAGUACUUCGGAUGGGUCAUGUUAUCGCACAAGUGGGAAACCCAGGAGCCAACGCUGUACGACAUUCAGCACAAGACCAUAUACGAUCUGGACCCGGCUGGAACCGUAGUGAAGUUACAGAAAUUCUGCGAAGCUGCUCGCGAUGCGGGACAUCGUUGGGCGUGGAGCGAUACACGCUGCAUCGACCGGCUCGAUACUGUUGAGCUCCAUAUUUCAGACCACUCCAUGUUCAUCUGGUAUCACCGCUCAGCGCUCACCAUUGUCUACCUAUCGGAUGUUCCUUCUUCAUCAAAGUCGGGCGCGCUCACAAACAGUGCUUGGAACACGCGAGCAUGGAGUAUUCAUGAUCGUAAGGAGAGUGACUAUGAUCGAUGA